AUGCGGCCGGGCAGGUCCCCCGUGAGCCCCGACACCGGUCCGCACGCAGGGGACCCCGGCAGGCCGCCCGGGAGGGCGCUGUCGGGCUGCGGCAUUCGGGCCUCGGGUGGGGGGUCCGACCGCGCGGGCACGCUGGCGAACAGCGGAUACCGCGCGGCGGCUCCCCCCGGGGAUCUGCUGAAGGAACGAUGGCCAGCGGCCAAUGAUCCACAGACCCCAGCGGUCCCCGGCGGCGUGGAAGCCCCCGGGGUUCGGCUGCCUUGGGGGACGGCUUCGCCCCCCGCUGGGGGGGGGUCGGCCGUCGCCCGCGGCAGGAGGGCGCCGGCGCACUGGCCCGCGAACCCCCCAGGAAGCGGACAUAGCCGUGAGCAAAGGGUCGGACAACUGGCGGAUCGGCCCGCCAACUGGCGGAUUCCGCCCGCCAACUGGCCUGAUAGGCCGCCCCAGCCCUUCCCGCGGGAGACGGUGGUGGUAGAUAUAUAUAUCCCCCCCGACACCCCCAACCCCCCCCAGAACCCCGCCAACUGGCCGAUCGCGCCCGCCAACUGGCGGAUUGUUCGGGCGCCCAAAAGGCCCCAGCCCCAGGCCCGCUAA